AUGGCAGAGGAGGAGCCGGGCUCCAGGAGUGGCAGGAGGGGCGCGGUGGCAGCUGGCGGUGCCCGGGGCGGUGCCCCCGAGCCCAGCACGCUGCUGCAGGAGCUGCGCGGCUCCAUCUCCAAAUCCGUGCAGAGCAAGGUGGAUUCCAUCCUGCAGGACGUGCAGAAAUUCUCGGACAGCGACAAACUCUACCUGUACCUGCAGCUGCCCUCGGGACCCAGCCUGGGGGAGAAGAGCAGCGGUGGCUCUCUGGAGCUCAGCUCCCUGGGCACAGCCGAGCACAUGCACGCCUGCAGCUGGAUCCGCAACCACCUGGAGGAGCACACGGACACCUGCCUGCCCAAGCAGGACGUGUACGACGCCUACAAGCGCUACUGUGACAACCUCGGCUGCCGCCCGCUCAGCACGGCCAAUUUCGGCAAAAUCAUCCGCGAAAUCUUCCCCAACAUCAAAGCCCGGCGCCUGGGAGGCCGAGGACAAUCCAAGUACUGCUAUGGUGGGAUCCGGAGGAAGACGGUGGUGAGCCUUCCUCCCCUGCCCAGCCUGGACCUCAAAGUCACCGAGACCCAGUCGGAGCUGGCCGAGCUGGUGCAGUCGUACAGCUCGGAGGUGAUGGAGGCCGCCUGUGCCCUCACCUGUGACUGGGCCGAGAAGAUUCUCAAGCGCUCCUUCAACAGCAUCGUGGAGGUGGCGCAGUUCCUGCUGCAGCAGCACAUCAUCAGCUCGCGCUGCGCCCACGCCGACCUGCUCAUGGCCAUGGUGCUCUCAGAAAACACGGACAAGCCCCCCCAGGACCCCCGCCCGCCCGCUGCCCCCAAAAAGAACGGCCUGGACCCCUCGGACAGCGGCGAGCGCAGCCAGGACCAGGCCAAGAAGGACAAUGUCCCCAAAGCCAAUGUCCAGCCGCGGCCAGAGAAGAAGAAACCCCCGCAGGAGCCCCCCAGGCCGGCCAGUAGCCCCCAGGUGAACGCCUUGGUGGCCAGGUUGCCGCUCCUGCUGCCCCGCAUCCCCCCCCCGGAGCGGCCCGCGGUGGCCCCCGGUGCCACCCCCGUGCGUUCGUCCCCUCCCGUGCUCGUCCCCAAGCUGACGGCGGCUCCUCUGGGCGGUGGCACGGUGAAGGUGGCGCUGCCCCUGCCCGUGGGCACGGCGCUCGCCCCCGGGGCCAGCGGGGCCAUCCCCGUGCUCAAUGUCUUGUUGCCCGGGGUCGGGGUGGCCGCGGCGGAGAGCCCGGGUGGCAGCGCCAGGUCGGGAGGGGACAGCGAGGGGGGACAGCGAGGCAAAGCCACCAAGCGGCCCCUGGAGGGAGGAGGAGGAGGAGGAGGAGGAGGAGGGGACACGGCGGCGCUCAAGAGGAGGAGGGGGAGGCCCCGGAAGAGGGGAGGGGACACGGCGGGGUCACCCGAGGACGCGGAGGUCCCCAAGGGGGACGAGGGAGGGGACUCGCCCCCAGGGGCGUCACCCGGGGGUGGCAGUGCCACUGUGGCCGCUGGGGACAGGGGUGGCGGUGCUGAGGAGGAGGAGGGUGGGGACGGCAUGGAGGGCGAUGAUGACGCCGUGGGCGGUGGGGACAGCCCGGGUGGUGGCGGUGUCACUGUCACGGCCGAGGACAGUGUGGGGGGUGGCAGUGUCACUGUCACACUUGGGGACAGCUCGGUCAAUGGUAGUGUCGCUGCCAUUAACAAUGUCCCCGUGCUGCUUGGGGACAGUCCAGUCAAUGGCAGUGCCACUGUCACACUUGGGGACAGCUCGGUUAAUGGCAGUGCCACUGUCCCCCCUAGGGACAGUCCAGUCAAUGGCAGUGCCACCGUCCCACCUGGGGACAGCUCAGCUGGGAGCAAUGGCACUGUCCCCCUCGGGGCCAGUGUGGUCGGUGGCAAUGCCACUGUCACAGCUGGGGACAGCUCGGUUAAUGGCAGUGCCACUGUCCCCCUUGGGGACAGCCCCGUCAAUGGCAGUGCCACUGUCCCCCUUGGGGACAGCUUGGUCAAUGGCAUUGCCACCAUCCACCUUGGGGACAGCCCAGUCAGUGGCAGUGCCACUGUCCCUGCUGGUGGCUCCCCUGGUGGUGGCAGUGCCACUGUCCCUGUCAAGGACAGCUCAUCCAUGUCCAGUGACACUGGGGACAGGCCGGGCAGUGGCAGUGCCACCACUGGGGACAGGCCUGUCACCAGGAGUGCCACCAUUCCCAUCAGGGACAGCCCAGCUGGUGGCAGUGCCACUGUCCCUGUCAAGGACAGCUCAUCCGGGGGCAGUGUCACCGUCCCGGUCAGGGACAGCCCCUCCAAGGCCAGUGGCACUACUGGGGACAGGCCUGUCACCAGGAGUGCCACUGUCCCUGUCAAGGCUGGUCCAUCCAGGGCCAGUGCCACCACUGGGGACAGGCCAAUCAGUGGUGCCACUGUCCCUGUCAAGGACAAGCCUGUCACCAGCAGUGCCACCACCCCUGUCAAGGACAGCUCACCCAGGGCCAGUGGCACUGUUGGGGACAGGCCUGUCACCAGGAGUGCCACUGUCCCCACAGCUGGUGGCAGUGCCACCGUCCCUGUCAAGGCCAGUCCAUCCAGAGGCAGUGGCACUGGGGACAAGCCAGUCAUUGGUAGUGCCACUGCUGGGGACAGGCCUGUCACCAGGAGUGCCACCAUUCCCAGCAGGGACAGCCCAGCUGGUGGCAGUGCCACCGUCCCUGUCAGGGACAGCUCAUCCCAAGGAAGUGCCACCACUGGAGACAGGGCAGUCGGUGGCAGUGCCACCAUCCCUGCCAAGGACAGCACAGCCAGUGGCAGUGUCACUGUCCCUGUCAAGGACAGCUCGUCCACGGGCAGUGCCACCACUGGGGACAGGCCAGGCAGGGGCAAUGGCAGUGUCCCCAUCAGGGACAGCCCAGCCAGGGACAGUGGCACUGUCAGGGACAUGCCAGCUGGGGACAAUGGCACUAUCAGGGACAUGCCAGUCACUGCCAGUGCCACUGUCCCCACUGAGGACAGGCCGGUCACUGGUACUGCCACUGUCCCUGUUAGGGACAGCCCAGCUGGGGACAGUGGCACUGUCCCCAUUGAGGACAGGCCAGUCUCUGGCAGUGCCACUGUCCCUGCUGAGGACAGGCUGGUCACAGACAGUGGCACCGUUGGGGACAGGCUGGUCACAAACAGUGGCACCGUUGGGGACAGGCUGGUCACUGACAGUGGCACCACUCCUGUCAGGGACUGCCCCUCCAGGGACAAUGGCACUCCUGGGGACAGGCUGGUCGCUGGCAGUGCCGCUGUCCCCGUCAGGGACAGCCUAUCCAGGGGCACUGCCACCAUCGUGGACACGCCCGUCACCGCCAGUGCCACCAUCCCAGUCAGGGACAGCCCAUUCUGGGCCAGUGGCACCAUUGGGGACAGCAGUGCCACUGUCCCCGUCAGGGACUGCCCAUCCAGGGGCACUGCCACCAUCGUGGACGCGCUGGUCACUCUCAGUGGCACCGUGAUGGACAGGAGGAUCCUGGGCAGUGUCACCGUGCCCGUCAGGACCAGCCUGUCCAGGGGCACUGUCACCAUCGUGGACACGCCCGUCUUUGUCAGUGCCACCGUGCUGGUCGGGGAGUCCAUCCCCAGGGUCACUGCCACCAUCGUGGAGUCCAGGGUGCCCGGCCAUGCCAGCCUCGCCCUCGGGGACACGCUGGCCUGUGGCACUGCCACCAUGCCUGUCAGGGACUGCCCGCCCAGGGGCAGUGCUGCUGUCCCCAGUGGGGACUGCUCAGGACGGGACAGUGCCACCAGCCCUGGGGACAGGCCUGGCAGUGCCACCACCCCUGACAGGGAGUGCCCAUCCAGGGACAGUGCCACCCCAGGGGACAGGCCUGGCAGUGCCACCAUCCCCGACAGGGACUGGUCAGGAAGGGGCAGUGCCACCCCCGGGGACAGGCCUGGCAGGGACAGUGACACCAUCCCUGACAGGGACUGGUCUGGCAGGGGCAGUGCCACCCCUGAGGACAGGCAUGGCAGUGACAAUGCCACUGUCACCAUCAGAGAGUGCCCAUCCAGGGACAGUGCUACCAUUGGGGACAGGCCUGGCAGUGCCACCAUCCCCGACAGGGAUUGGUCUGGCAGGGGCAGUGCCACCCCUGAGGACAGGCCUGGCAGUGACAGUGACACCAUCCGUGACAGGGACUGGUCAGGAAGGGACAGGGCCACCGUGUCAGACAGAGAGUGCCCGCCCAGAGACCGUGCCACCCCCGGGGACAGGCCUGGCAGUGCCACCAUCCCCGACAGGGAUUGGUCUGGCAGGGGCAGUGCCACCCCCGGGGACAGGCCUGGCAGGGACAGUGCCACCAUCCCUGUCACGGAGUGCCCGCCCAGGGGCAUUGCCACCAUUGGGGACAGGGACAGGCCUGGCAGUGCCACCACUGGGGACAGACCUGGCAGUGCCACUGUGCCCUCCAGGCCCAUCACGCCCGCCCGUGUCAGUGUCAUCAGGGAUGGCAGGACGGGCGCCAGGCGAGGCCACGCCCCCAAACACACCGAGACCACGCCCUCUUCACACUACCACGCCCAUUUCCGUAUACGCUUUGCCGACCACGCCCCUUUACGUCAUGACGAUACAAACCACGCCCAGCGAUGCCCCGGCGGCGCAGGCCACGCCCCCCUCGCCGCGCCGCCGGGCCGCCAGGGGGCGCUGUGUGGCGGCGGCCGCCCCUCAGCCCCGUGA